AUGGAGAAGAGGAGAUCACUUUACAAGCAGGUUUGGCAGGAUUUGACCUUAAAACCGAGCGAAGCUGGAGAAAGGGUGGAAGAAAAGCCGGAAGAAACAAUGGAAGAGACAGUGGGAGGCGCCGAAGAAACAGAUUCUAGGCAGAGAGAUCAUAGGCCGGUUCUGGAGCUCCCUGUCACAAACAAUGAUCACUGGAUCAGCGUCGAGAAGGAAGGUAUAGCGCUGGAGUAUGAGGAUGCACAAACGGAAACACGGGGUGGAAGCAUGAGAAAAGCAUUGCCAGAGGAACUGAAAGGCUCUGAAAACAGGGCCAAAUCUAGUAUCGAGAACGUCGAUGGUGUUGAUUUUCGAAGGCGUUUCAGCCAACUGCAGGUGUCAGGUGAAGAAACAGCGCCAAAACAUAGGGCAAAGAUAGGCGUAUUUGCCCGUGAGGUCGCCGUCCGAACCUUUUCGAAUAGGAACGAGAAUUCUAGCAAGGAUCGAAACAUGGUUUCGAGAUCUGGGAAAGAUGGGAGCUCAAGCCAGCCCCAAUUUCGAAAGAACUUGAAACAAUCGGGAAGGGCGGAGAAAGAAUAUCCAGUCCAGCCAGAAACCUCAACCAUUCCAAAGGUUUCGAAAGAGGUUGAAUCAGUCGAGAAACGUCGGAAUUCGACUAACCCAACAGAUUUCGAGACGCGCGCGGCUGAGGAUGUAAGGGAACAGCUCAGAUACGAGAACGAAGCCCAAUUGCAAGAACACAGCCGAAUACCGAAUCCAGUACCGCGAAAUCUUCCGGAAGCCUCAGGAUCGAAUUUUCAGAUUCAUGAAGUUCUCCCAGCAGACAAAAAUCCCUUCGCCGAUGUCGAAGUCGGACAGCUCGGAUUCGUCAAGUAUCUUUUCGAUAAAGCGGCGGACGAAAUCGAAAGAGGAAACACCGAAGCUGCUAAGCCAUGUAUCGAGAGACUGCGUUCGAUAGACCGAACGCAGCGGGUCAUAGAAGCACUAGAAGACAACUACUACGGUCAAAUUAUCGUAGAUGGGGUCUCGGAACUUCGAAGUGAUGACUUGAGCUUAACCCUCGGCAUUUUAGAACAGCUGAAAGCCCCAGCACCUACGAAAUAUAAAGAGAUUCUACGACGAGAGAUAGCGGACCACCUGCACCGUAUCGCUCUUCAGCUUAUCAGCGCAUCCGAAUACAAAGAAGCUUUCCAGAUAAUAUCGAAAUUAGAAGACCAGUUGAAAAGUUGGGAUACUAAGGAUGGCCCACUAGGCAUGAGCUCAACUUCUGGGGUACCAAUGGGCCAGCAGCCUGAAAUUCUAAAAGACUCUGCUGGAAGCCAUAUUAAGUCCAAAGCUAUCGCGCAUGUUGAGGUUGGAGAGUAUACCCAAGCGGUGGCCCUUUUACGCAUCCUUGACGGCAACAGUUACGAUCGCCAGCGGAUAGACAUUUGUAAGGCGCUUGCCCGAAGCUUUCUAGCAGUAGCGGAACAAAACGUUCGGGAUGAAAAUCUGGAUCUUGUCUGGACGAAUAUCUUUCGCGCAGAUAUAAUCUGCAAUGCCGCAGACUCUUGGCCGGAUUAUUUAUCGCUCAAUGGCGGCGAUUUCGUCCGGACGAUAGUUCAAGUUCCUGACGCGCGCGAUAAAUUGGGUGCGCAUGCCCGAAAGCUCGCUAUUGACGGCGUAUAUACACUGCCGAUGCCGUCGGGAGGGCGAAGGCAUUUUGGUCUGGUGUUCAAAAAUUCAGGCAGACGUCGCGGUGUUACACGUAGCAAGGACAUUAUUGAAGCAAGGUUGUCAAUUCUCCAACAGGUCAGAUCGACCUACGAGAAGCGACUAAAUCUAGAAUUGGAAAAAUUGAUGUUCGAUGACGCCCUUGAGGUUCUUUUGGAGUUAGAAAGAUUUUGGAAAUGGUCAGACCGAGAACAAAUAGCUGGGGCAUCGGCCAAUAGCGCCUCGGCGAAGGUCAUACCAUCGGUGGACAUGCGCAUCGUCCAAAAAUUUCUUAGGUGCCGUCAACGAGAAUUCUAUACCGGUGAGGAGAACGAUAGAAGAACCGCGCAAAUCAAACCGGUGGAGGCCGAAACAAUACCAACUGGUGCUAGGUUAGGUUUUGUCCACUGCCUAACUCAGGCGGAGCUAUCCUACUUCACAAAACACGAUCUAGAAAAAGCGCACUUCUGGUGUAAAACCGCCCUUGCGAUUGCCGAUGAACAAAUACCCAGCUGGGUGUCGAAAUCAGAUGCCCUUUAUUUAUCCGCCAGGGUGUUUGAACGGAAAAAUAUGCCACUAGAUGCUGAUUACUAUUAUUCACUGAUACCAUCGUUUGAAAAGUAUGAUCAGUGGAGAAUAUAUGGAAGUCCAGGAAAGGUUUUGCGGCUAUCUGGACACGAGGUUCAUUUGAACCGUGGGAAGCUUAGCCUUAGUAAUGGUGUAUUUCUGGAUCUUUACAACGGUUUAAACCAAGAUUUUUCGCAUGGGAUCGCGAAUUCUGCUAGUAAUAAGACUCUCAAUGCUCUCUUGCGCGCGAUAUAUGCAGAUGAUGUUUCUUGGUCCAGCGAACCGCUAAAAUUGCCAGCCUCCACGGAUAUGCCCUUUUUACAUCUUUUGUCAGAGACGGGUCCGUUGGAAUACCUUCGGAUUGCGCUCCAUAAUCCAUGGAUAGAUAUCGGACAAACAGACCAGCACGGAAAUACAGCACUCCACCGAGCAGCAUACAAAUGGAAUAAGGAAAAAGUCUCUCUUCUGAUUCGAAGUGGGGCUAAUAUAAGAGCUUUAAAGGUCAAUGGAGACACCCCAUUGCACACCAUGCUUUCAUUCGCCAUAGGAGUAAAACUAGAGAAUGCAGACAUCCCAGGAACCCUAUCUCACUUCUUCACCGACGCUAUGGUAGCCAAAGGCGUCCUAUCUACCCACCCCUUGUUUAUAAGAAACAAGGCGGGACAAACCCCGAUCGAUGUUAUGAAGUUCUCCCUCAUGAAGGAGUUGCAGCUAGCCCGAAGUAACGCCGAAUCUGGGUAUUUAAAACGCUUCGCGGACGCAUGGGAAUAUCUAUCAAAACUGUCUUUUUGUCCGUCGCAGUAUAAGAGCGAUUCUACGUUGAGUAUACCGGCCCAACGAGAGAAACAGUUGAGGGCGUCCAGGCCUGGGGGGCCCAGUAUUGUGAGCCCAACCGCUCUAGAGAGACGGCCUCUAUACAAAGCGCCAGCUGGAAGUCGACGUGAGGACACAAAGCAGAAAGAGGACACGAAACGGAAAAAACGGUUUGGAAUCUUUUGA